CUCCUCCCCAGGCCCGCCAAGCCACCGCGCCGCAGCACGACUCCUCCCCCCCUCUCCCUCCUCAUCUCCUCGGGCUGAACGCCUCUCGCCGCCGGCGAUCGGAGCAGCGUCAGCGCCUCCUUCCGGCGCCAGCGGGGGCCUUCCGCGGACAUGGGGACGCGCCACCUCAUCACCGGCCAGAACAACUGCGCCCCGGACGGGGGCUCCUCCUCCAACCCAUUCGGCACCCUCGCCAACACCCUUCUCGGCCAGUCCAGCAAAGCGGAGUCACUAAAGGGACUUCCUGGAGCCUCCGUUAAUGUUCCAACUACGUCUGAUUAUAGCACAGCUCCAUUGUCUACUCUCCCUGGCUCUGAGAAUGAGUUCAAGCAAGAUCAACGACCAUUUGCACGGGGUGCCGACUUCAUUCGUGGGGGUCCUGCUAAUGACUGGGUUGAAUCUUUUCGUCCUCCGGGGCAUUCUGCAUUUGGGGGGCCAGAAGCAAACUUUGCAGAGUUUGAGCAAAUUUAUAACAAUGCAGGCCCUACCUUGGGACCGGCCUUGGAUGGUCCACCACAAAGGGUCUUAUCUGGUGUUCUGCAUUCUUUUCUUUCAAGUGGCCGAGCUGGUGUGCCAUUUCAACCUGUCCCAGUACCAGCUCUUGGUUUGUCCGAAGGCGACAAGCAAUGUAUACGUGAUCGCAGCUGCAUAAUGGCGCGCCAUAUUUUGGCCGAUCAACCUGAAGAAUAUAUACAAGCACAGGUAAAUACAUUGCUGCAUUCUCUUGAUAUUGACAAUAAUCAUCGGAUGAAAAAUCCCCUGCAUGGGCCGUACCCAGAGAUGGAGGAGUACUGGAAUCAAUCCCAAAGUGCUUUGAGAUCAGGCCCAAUGCACAAUGCUGCAAAUAAUUGGAUUACUGAGUUCGGCAAUCAAAAUAAUAACCCUGAGGGUUGGAUCACUGAGUUUGGCAAGCAAAAUAAUAACCCUGAGGGUUGGAUCACUGAGUUUGGCAAGCAAAAUAAUAACCCUGCGGGUUGGGCGCACUCUUUUGAGCAGCAAUAUGGUCCCAAUGGAUGGGCCUCUGAGUUUGAACAGCAUCAGUCUCAGAUGGCCAUGGGUCAGAUGGGAGGAGCGAACAUGGCGAAUCUCGCAGCUAUGCAGCAAUCCCGUAUGCUUGCAGAAACAUUAUCAAGUAACAAUGACCCAAAGUUCCAGAAUUCUAAAUUCUUCCAGUUUGUUUCAAAGAUGAGCCGUGGUGAACUUAUUAUAGAAGAUAACCAAGUAAAACAAGGUUCAGCAUCCCAAUCCAGUGGCUGGGCUGAUGAAUUUCAAACACAGCAUAAUGCUAAUGCAAACUCUUGGGCAGAUCAGUUUGUGCAUGAAGAGCUUUCACAAGGAGCCGAUAAUUGGGUUAGUGAGUUCUCUAGUGAACAGAAUCAGGGUGGGCUCAACGAGAAGUGGGUUGAUGAGUUCUCCAAAUUGAAAGUGGAUGAUUGGGCAGAGGAGUUCAGUGGAGGAGCUUUUGGUGAGAGCUCUGCUGAUCCAUGGGCAGAUGAGUUUCAGAGCCAACUGUCAGCUUCCAAAAGUUCUGGCGCUUCUCGAGGGGUUUAUGUUUUUUCCGAGAUGAACCCAUAUGUUGGCCACCCUAAUCCAAUGCAGGAAGGGCAGGAGCUCUUCCGGAAGGGCCUCUUAAGUGAAGCUGCUCUUGCUCUAGAGGCUGAAGUUUUAAAAAACCCUGAUAAUGCUGAAGGUUGGAGGUUGCUUGGAGCAACACAUGCCGAAAAUGAUGAUGACCAGCAGGCCAUAGCUGCAAUGCUGCGUGCCCAGGAGGCCAAUCCUACCAACUUAGAAGUUCUUCUUUCUCUUGGUGUCAGUCACACAAACGAGUUGGAACAGGGAGAAGCAUUAAGAUAUCUUUCGAGGUGGCUUCAGAAUCAUCCAAAGUAUGGGGGUAUCGUCCCUCCCCACCAAACUGAUUCACCAUAUGGUCCAGAUGUUGUUAGAUUGUUCAAUGAAGCUGCUCAGAUGUCGCCUGAGGAUGCUGAUGUCCACAUAGUUCUGGGUGUCUUGUACAACUUAUCAAGAGAAUAUGAUAAAGCUAUAGCUUCAUUUAAGACGGCACUACAGCUGAAACCACAAGACUAUUCUCUUUGGAACAAGCUCGGUGCGACCCAAGCAAACAGCAUCCAGAGUGCUGAUGCCGUACUGGCAUACCAGCAGGCUCUAGAUUUGAAGCCCAACUACGUCCGUGCAUGGGCUAAUAUGGGAAUUAGCUAUGCCAACCAGGGUCUGUACGAAGAUUCCAUUCGGUACUAUGUAAGGGCGGUUUCCAUGAAUCCGAAAGCAGACAAUGCCUGGCAGUACUUGAGAAUUUCACUUGGUAAUGCUUCACGCAGUGAUAUGAUUGCUGCAUGUGAUUCCCGCAACCUUGACGUCCUUCAGAAAGAGUUUCCCCUCUGAGUCCAAACAUUCUAGACAUUAGGAGGUCUUCAUCAUGAAAGGGUAGAAGGAAACUAGCAAAAUGGGAUGGUUUCCGUGGCUGCAUAUUCUGGAAUGGGAAGGAGAAACAAACACAGAUUGGCGGUCAUUGUGUUAUUGUGUUUUUCUGUUUACUGUAAGCUAAUUGAUCUUCUGUUUGCUGAGAUGUGGAAUGUAUAGAAAGCCAGAUUACCAGCCAAUUUGUAGAUGUAAAAUCCCAUGGCAGAAACAGUGGUUGCAAUCGGGGGACAGCAUAUGUAAUUCUGUAUACAAGAGGCACAAAUGAAUAAAAAAGGUGGUCGUAUGAAAUAA